UGAAGAAAAUCGUGCUCAGUUUUGCAGUCACCAUCAUCGGAUAACCAACGCGAAAAGUGUGUGAUUUUCUGUCGUCUCCAUCGUCGGUUCAGUCGUGAAUUUUACACUUUCCUCUGUAAUAGCAUCUGAAGACAAUCGUGAAAACCCCUCUUGGCCAACUAUCGAGUGAAUCAUUUUGUAAUUUGAAUACGCUGUGGUGUGGAUUCCAGGGACGGAAAACAAAACAGACCGUCUGUGGAGCAGCCAGGCAGGCCAGACCGUGAAAGCAAAUUAAAUUGAAGAAAAAAAUCUGUCCUCGUUCAUCUAAUCGUGUUUUCCAUGAAGAAAAUGUGCACAGUGCUGCCGAAGGCUUUCGAAAGAGUGCCCUAAAUACUUGGUGAAGUGAAGCAGCAGUGAAGAAUAACAAACCUGGGAAAAGGUCUAACGAUGAUCAUCUUUUGACAAAAGUUCUUAAAUUGGUACAUCAUACGUUGCUUUUGGUUUGUUUCAAUUCAAGAUUGAUUUUAGUGGCCACGGUUAAAAAUCGCAUAGAUUGCAGUUUGAUUUUCGAUAUUUUCAAUAACUAAAGAAGGAGAACACCUGGAAUAAAAACAAACUGGUGAAGCAGUUCGUCUGCGCAAAAAGGAUCACUGAAGGAGAGUCACGAUGGAUUCGCUGCGAAAAUGGUUGAAUAAACCAAAGGCUGAUGAUAAAUCGUUGCUAGCAAGAUUCUACCAUGCAGACAGAGCUCUUACCGCGGUUGCUAGUGAGUUGGAUAGUUUUGAUGGACGCGCAGAACCAGUACGAUGCACCCGAUUAGUAGGUCGGUUACGACAAGGACAGGACCGUGUGUUGGCUAUCACGAACCAAAUCAUGGACGAGCUUCUGGGCGAAGAUCGAGCUCCACGUGCAUUCCGUGCCAAAUUUCCGGAAGAAGUGCUACAAGAAAGUCUGGCCGGUCAGCUGUGGUUUGGGGCGGAGUGCCUCGCAGCCGGAUCAUCCAUCAUGAAUCGCGAGGUGGAAAGUGCCACGAUGCGACCCCUGGCAAAAGCCGUUACGAAAAGCUUGGACAACGUUCGAAAUCUGCUGCGAGAGCAGUGCCUGCGGAACAACACACCAAACAGUUUGACGCUGCGGUUAGAUGUGAACGAUGCCGCGACGGAACAGUUGUACGAAAGUUUGAAGAUUUUCGACCGCCUGUUUGCAGAAUUUGAGUUGCUAUACGUCAGCGCGAUGGUACAAGUCAAAUCGAAGCAAGAAUACGAAAUGCAAGAACUGAUAUGUGUGCUUUUCUCGGAAACGUUGCAACGGGCACUCAAAAUCGGUCUGCUCGAGCAGGAACAGGUAGACUCGUAUGACCCGGCGUUGAUGUUUUCAAUUCCACGGUUGGCUAUCGUCGCCGGGUUAGUUAUAUUCAAGGAUGGGCCGCUAAACAUGGAUCAACCGGCGGAUAACAUUUCGGAAAUGUUUCGUCCAUUUCGAAAACUGUUGAUCAAAAUGCGAGAUCUGCUUCGAACGCUAACCAAACAUGAGCUAUAUCAGUUGGAAAAAUUGCUGUGCACCAACGAGGAAAUUAGUCUGAAGGAAGAAAUAAUCUGUGAUGCAAACGAAAAUGAUAACAGCGGUGUCUCGCCAAAGGAAGACGAAGUUGUUAUUGUGACAACCAAUGUUAAUAGUAGUAACAGUUGUGAUAGUCGAGUUGAAGAUUCAUUAGAUGAUAAUCGGCGGCACGAUUCGAAUGCCCGAACCAAUCGGAACAAUAGUUUAUAUAGUACCCCUAUUGUAGAUUGUAAUCGAAUACAGGAUGCAGAGGACGAUUUGUCCGAAAAUGAUGACGAAGACGAUCCUAGCAGUAUUCUGAAAGACAGUCUAGUGACGUCGGAUUGCGCAUCGGGAUAUUUAAUUCCGAACACAAAUUUUGGUAACUUACUACAGACGAAUGAAGCGCCUUUGACAGACAGUUUUAUUGCAACAGACGAAGAGCUGAAGCUGGAUACUUCAUCUAAUGCUCGGAUAGAACAGAUUUUGUCAGAAACUAAUCAAAAACUUGCAGAUUCUGGGCUUGGUACAGCCAACCCAAGUGUAGACAAUUCUCCCGAAUCGGAUACAGAACAUCCGGUUACGACCCGCGUAAUAGGAGAAUCCUCAGAAGACGAAGGAGAAGUGGAUGAGUACGACAAUGAAGAAGGGGACGAAGAUAGCGACGGUACACUUUGUGAUAGCCAAGUCACAAGCUUGUCAUUGAUGGAUCCUAGUUCCAGCGCUGGCGCAUCGCAUUCUGGGAAGCAGCAACGUAAUCAUAGGCAACACAAUCAUCACAGACAUCGUCGAUCGGGUGGAAGUGUGAUAUCGGCUACCACGGGCCGAAAAUAUAACUCCAAGCAUCAUCGGUCGAGUGCUUCCAGUACGUCGUUGGUACCAGUUGCCAGUAAUCAAAGCACGUCGUCGAAGACAUUCUCUAGCUGUGAUACAUCUCCGUCAUCUGGUAAUCAAAGCGAAUGCAGUAGCACCAGUAGCACGAACGGUGAACCCUCGCAAGAUGUGGCAAUCGCUAUUCGGGCAGCAGGAAGGAUCAAAUUCAAAACCACGGAAAACUUGCUGCACAGGCUGUUUGUAUGCAUAGCAGGGGUCGCCGAUCAGCUGCAGACCAACUUUGCCGCUGACCUACGCCAGAUGCUCAAGAGUGUGUUCAUCAUAAAUUCAUCGCCUCCAGAACCCGAGGAGCCGCCAGAGCCGGCCACAACAUCAAGUGAUAAACCUAAGGAACCGGACCCAACGGAUCUGUUUGAGUUCCGAGCUAGUGAACAGGAUGUGAUAACACCUGGUCAAAACAGUGGUGGAUCGAGUCAAAGCAUUUAUUCAGCCGAGGAAGUGAAUCCAGAAGAUCCCCAUGACUCAGUAUUUGGUUCACCAGGUUCCUCCCCCCUUAGAGCGGCUUCUGCUCCGCGUACGAUGAUGACCACUUCAGAAAGUGGUAGCGUAACAGUAAAUGUGUCUGUUUCAGUUGUUACUGGCGGUAGUUCUGGCUCCAGUCGAAGCACCCAAGAAAGGAGCGUAAGCCUAAGUGAAACGUCGAUCGUUGUAGAAGGAAAUAGUGGCAGCGCAGGUUCAAAUCUACGUGAUAGCCACAGGAGACACAGUGCAAUUGGGUCAAAAGGAGAAUACGGUCGUAGUCGCUCCAGCCCAAAUAGUCCGGUCAAUGGAGUAUCAAUUGAAGAACGACGCAUGCCAGAGGCGCCUCCUCGUUGGAUUCCCGAUGGGGAUGCACCACGCUGCAUGGCGUGUGCCUCAUCUUUUACACCUUUUCGAAGACGACAUCACUGCCGAAAUUGCGGCGGAGUUUUCUGCGGUGUGUGUUCGAGCGCCUCGGCGCCACUACCCAAAUACGGACUGACCAAGGCGGUACGGGUUUGCCGAGAUUGCUACGUUCGUGAAGUGGGAACUUAGAUGUUUGCAACGUCAUAAGCUAUAAUCCCUUUCAGUUAUCUGUUAUUAGUUUUCGAGUGUGGCAAGUUAUUUUUAAUGUAUAUUGUAAAGCUUGUUUUUGGUUUUUUAUUACCUAACUAUGACUUGUCUAUAAACAUAUUUGUACUUUACAUUACAUAAACUGAAAUAAGAAAAUCAGCUGAUUAUGUUUUCUAUUGAUAAUCUUGAAACUUAUUAAAACAAAUAGCCAAUUUCUCCAUUCAAAGGAUUUGUACAGACCGGUAUUAACAUUCUUUCAUACUACCAAUUGCGUGAGAGGUGUUAGAUAAAUGUGUUCAUUUGGAAUUUUCUAUUCUAUGAAGAUCAAAACGUACAUUUGAAUACAAACAAAUAUUUUCAAAUCAUUGAAUACCUUUACGUAACUUUAAUGUAUAUUUUAUAACAUUUCACCAGAAUAUUAUAGUUUGUUCAUUUCUUUACAUAGAAUUUUACAAGUACUCGUGGUAUGGCCAUGCAUUUUAUAUUAGAAAUGCGCAGUUUAUUCAUCAAUAUAUUCCUAAUGUAUUCAAAUGUACAUAUUGACCAUAGUGUUCUAUCUAUCACAAAACAUAAAACAUAACAUUUAUAGUGCUUGAGUAUUAAGUCGUACUUUAGUUGCUAUAUUUUUUGAUAUGUAACUGCAACUAGGCAAUCCCAUAAUCUAAAGAAAUCAAUCAAAACUUAUAUCGACGAAAAGUAACAUUAGACUUGUUAUCUAGGCACUAUAAAAAUGAUCCAAUCUUGGUCUCACAGGUAUUUCAAAUUGCCCUGUUUUAUGAACAAAAUAUGACAAACUCAUUAUGAUACAUUCCUUCUCAAAGCGAUAAAACCCAAAUCAUUGGAUCUGAAAGACUUAUAUUAUUGAGACAAUUUUUUGCAGCUAUGGUUCAAAAUUCAGUAUACUUUAGUUACAUAUUCUCUAAUGUUGUUCUGUAAACAGGGAUUAUCAAAAUCACAACGUAAACAAUAGUAUAAUUUCAGUUUAUCUUUUUUGCAUAGCUCAAAGUUUCUUUUAAAGUUAGUAAUCAAGAUAUGGUUAGCAAAGAAACGUGUAUCAUGUAGCAUAACACGCGUUAAAUAAGCACUGUUUUGACUAAAGUAUUGAAAAUCUAACAAAUAUAAUCAUAUUUUUAUAAAAAACGGAAAUGAUAAUGUUUUGUGACUGCAUACCAAUGCUGAAAACUAUUCGAGUGAUAUCUUUUUUACAAGGAAAACUAAAACAUUUUAUUAUUUCCGAUAACAAGGUAGUUCAAUACUUUUGUGAAUAGAACGAAAUUAUUAAGAAAAAAUCAAACAAGCGUGGGUAUAUUUCAUAAAAACAACAAAAAAUCAAAAGAAAAAAAACAUGUAUCAUCUACUGUAUAUCUCAAACAAGAUUGAAAUGAACAUAAUGCAAGUUAAAUAAGUCAACCCCCUAAUAUCUGUUAAAGAAAAAUGGUGAGUCAUAAGCUAAGGUACAUUGUGAUUGUGUAAGCAUUGCGGCAAUGUUAUAAAUGCAGGAAAGCGAAGAAAUUGCUAAAAAAAAUCAUUAAAAAGCCAAUUGUUUCCAAAGUA